UGUAAAAGUGUUCACAUCAUUCUUUACUUUACUCCAGCAGGGGAAUAGUUACGAGUUGUUACCCUCAAGUCACCGCUACAUUCCCACGUCUACUAACUGAAUUUGGUUGUGUGUUGAAGGUCAGAGCGAGGGGCGCCAUUCUUCCUUGUGGGACGUGUGGACCUGGGCUCACUACCCACUUAUUAGCACAAAACUCCGCCCUGGACGGCACUUUCAUGAUUUUAUUCAGCUGGUACAAGGGACACAUAUCCCCCAGAAAUUGUAUAUUAUCAGUGGAGCCGUUGGGAGGCUUGCUGACACAGUCUUGUAUGUGUGCGUGCGCCUCAGACUUUCCCCUUGAUAUUAGAAAUAGGCAGUUUUCUAGCAACCGGCAUCGUAAACUGCAGCCAUUCAGGACUUCGUGACUUCAACAAGCCACCCACCCAGAAAACAGACAUCAUCCCAUUGCUUGCUGGCACUAGCCGUAUCCUGUGUGUGCUUUAUUUGGUUGUAGUAGCUGUUGUCCACCAACGGACGCCAAGAACCCACUUAUGCUGUACAUAGAUAACAAGAAGACACCAAGAGAAAGGCGAGAAGACCGGCAAGAGGUUUAUCAUCCCUCAAGCCAUCACCUGCUACCCAAACUCUGAAUGUGGCUCUCCCCAUUUCCACCCACUGGCACUGCUUCCCAUAGCUCUGAGUCGCAGUGGAGUGAACAAGCUGCAUGAACGACCAUUUCAUUGAAUCCCAAGUUGCCAACUUAUGCACUAUUUAGAAGACGGUCCUAACCCGGACUUUUGACUUGACAUAACGCUUCACAUCCCAGACUAUUCUUAUUUUGAAAUAUCUUAAUCACUUUACUAGAAGACUCAACACCCAACCACCAAGAUGAGUUACAACGUCAACCGCAGCGUCAUGGAUGCAUUUUAUCGUUACAAGAUGCCAAAAAUCAUGGCCAAAGUUGAAGGCAAAGGCAAUGGUAUAAAGACUGUUGUUGUCAACAUGGUUGAUGUGGCCAAAGCACUUGGACGACCUCCCACAUAUCCUUGCAAGUACUUUGGCUGUGAGCUUGGAGCCCAAACUCAGUUUGAUACGAAGAACGAUCGAUAUAUUGUGAAUGGCUCGCAUGAUGCUAUGAAGCUUCAAGAUCUGCUGGAUGGCUUCAUCAAGAAAUUUGUGCUCUGCCCAGAAUGUGAAAAUCCAGAGACUGUACUUUUUCCUAAUGAGAAGAAAGGGAUAAUCAAACAGUCUUGCAAGGCAUGUGGAUACCAAGGAAUGCUUGACAUGAGGCACAAGCUCACCACUUUCAUCCUCAAAAACCAUCCUGAUAUAAAGCCCAACCAGCCUGGCACAGCCCUGACAAAGAGAAAAGAGCGCACCAAGAAGUCUGAAAAUGGCCAGAAGGAUUCUCUGCGACCCAACUCUCCACGAGCAGAUAAAUCUGAUGCAUCGGAUAAUGACAUGAAUGGUGAUGCUGAAGAUGAUGAUGACUGGAGUCUUGAUGUGAGUGAGGAAGCAAUGAAGGAACGACAGAAGACCCUAACAGCUGGAGUCAAGAACCUUACUGUUUCCAAUGAUAUUGAGAAGACCCAGAGUGAACGUCUUGAAGUUUUCUUUGAGCUCUGCAAGGCCAAGGUUGAUAAAGGCUUUUUAAAACCUGGUGCUGAUGUGUCAGUGUUUAAGGACAUUGCUACAGAGGCUGAGAGGUUGGAUAUCAAAGAAAACAAGGCAGUCAUGGUGCUGGUGGAAGUGUUACUGAAUGACAACAUUAUUAAGCAGAUUCCUCAGUACCGAAUUCUCCUGCUCCUGUUUACUCACGGAAACCCCAAGAGUCAAAAGUACUUCAUUGGCGCUGUGGAGAAAUUGAUAGAACUCAACAAGGAUCUGUUGCUCCCUAAGGUCCCCAUGAUUUUCAAGGCCAUGUAUGACCAUGACAUUAUUGAGGAGGAGGUGUUGCUGGACUGGGGGAAGAAAGUCUCCAAGAAGUAUGUGACUAAAGAAACUGCUGCAGAGAUCCAUGCCAAAGCCCAACCCUUCCUGAAGUGGUUGCAAGAGGCCGAAGAAGAGGAAACCACCGAAGAGGAAGAAGAAGAUGGUGAUGUGGAGUUUGAUCCUCGUGCAAUGAACCAGAGUCUUAAAGAACAGGAAGCUAAGAUUGCUGCAGACACUAAACCAAUUGUAGCUGAAGCUCCAAAGAUAGUUACUCCUGGGGAAGAAGACGAAAAUGAAGAUGAUGACAGUGAUUUGGAUAUUGACAACUUGUAAACAUACUCUUGACUUUACUUUUACUGGAUACCAAUGAAGGCCAUAUUGAAGAAACAGACAUAUGUUUUUAAAUUGGACAAUGGAAUUUACUGAAUAUUCUUUUAAGUUUGUGACCUUAAUUGCUUCAACAAAUUUAUAAUCCCAUGUUAUAGUAGUUCUGUUUAUAUUGUCAGUGCUCAUUUUGUUUUUAAAGGAAUUGUAAGGCACUUAACAUUGAAGGAUAUAAUAAAUAUAUUUUUAGCCAAGAAUAUUCCACUAAUCCCAUGGAAAUCAUAUAAAAAAUUUACAUUUUACUUAAAAUAAGAAAAUGGAAGUGUUCAAGACCAUUUUUUUCCACGUUUUGCAUUUUGUUUAAGAUUGGUUAAUGUUCAAUUUAGUUUUUUUUCAUUAGAUGUGCAGCUUUUUGUUUCUGAUAUGAUGGCCUUCAUCUAAAGCCAACAGACAUUUCUAAAUUGUAAACUGACACGACAGGAAUGUAGUUUUAUGUGAAUGUAUUUUCUCGGCUGUAUCAAGUGCUUAAUCAUGUCGUUCCAAGGUACUCGCAUAAAACUUAAAGCAGACUUAUAAAUUAUUUCAUUGUUAUGAUAUAGAAAGUAGUUGUGCAUCUUGGAACCAGAUGAAUUAAGGAAAAUCUUUAAAGUUUUGCACAAGGAACAUAUGACAAACUAAGUCCUGUGACUGUUUAGACUAGUGGCAAUUUUGGUUCAAUACUGGGAAGUGCAGGUUGCUUCAUAAAUCAAUUUUAAGAAUAUUUGAACCUCUUGAAAGUUGAGGAAAUCACUGUGGUUUAGGAGUAAUAAUUAAUUCUUUUUCGGGUAGCAGAUAGUAGCCAUGUAUAGUGUAAAUGUUAGAUGACGUUUAAAAAGAUUCAGACUUGGGAGUAAAAGAAAAAUGUACUCUAAAUUUUGUAUCAUUAUAUUGACUAAAUAUACAAGCCACAGGAGGCCGGGAUAAAACUCUGGCCUUGCAGUUAUAUAUCACACAAAGCUUUUAGCCAGUAUUACUAAGCCUUCAUCGUGUAUGUUUGAGACUUGGCAGUUUUUUCUUCUGGGCAGUGUACAGUAUAAUUCUUCACUGCAAAAAAUGCUAUGAAUGACUUGGUUUUGUUACUUGCCUUUACUCUGUACAACUCAUGCAUUGUUAUUUGGUGUUUGGGCCUCUUACAAGUAGUCAACAGACAAAUUUUUAAGCUCUUGUUUAAUAAAAAUGUAUACAGCUUGUGGGUUCUUGUGUAAUGUGAAUUAUUAUAUUGGUGGAUUAAAAUUUAAUAUUGUCAAGAGUUAUUGCUCUAUACAGAUGUCCUAGUUACUGUGGCAGUGGAUGAUAUCUUUGUGAGGAGAUUAGGGUUUUUAGGCCCAAAAUGUAGUCAUAUUGAUGAUGAAAACAUUUUAACCGAGGCUCAAAUUCCCGAUCUUGCACAUUUUGUUUGGUGUGGCGGCUUGAAAUAUUUUCCAGCGGAUUUAAUAUUACAAGACUGUGAUCUUAAAAUGACGGUAAGGGGAGAUAAUAAAGGUAGAUAAGAGCAUGGCGGAAUUGGUCCAUCAUUCAUUCAUUUCAUUUUUGUUUGGUUUCUCUCCCUCUUACUAUUUCAUUCAUCUAGUUGCAUCCCCUUGCCCAUAUCAUGUGAUAGAAUGGGGAGUGUAGAACAAGUCGAACCUGAUUUAAUGUAUAUGCAUAAUCCUGGUGGUAACACAAUCAGACUAUUGAGAUUGAAUAAAAGUAUAAUUUAUGAAAAAAAAUAUUAGGAACUUGUUUUAGUAAAGAAUGUGCUGUACCAUUAAUUAUCUUUCUGCAGAUCUCUCGUUAUCUCAUUUUUUGUUUGGAAGGAAAUUGUUUUUUGAGGCAGUUUUAGGUGGCACAUACAUUGUUCUGUAAGCCUUGUCCUCAUCCUACUCAUGCCAUAUUACAAUUGAAAAUAUAAAUUAUAUUUUUUACAAAUAAGACAAAAUUAUCAUACUUUAAUGUAGCAAAACCUUGAGGAUGCAUUAUUUCAUGUUCAUCUGUAAGAAAAGGAUAAGGUUGUUAGAGGAAUAUAAUCUUGAGUGAGUUGCUUGUCAAGAUGUAGUUGUUGUUGUUCUGUGUCCAACUGUAUCUUUAAAGGAAUUGAAUUGGACUAUAUUCCGCUGACUCAUGAUUUGCAUAUAGUAUGAACGUUAAGGCCACUGAAUUUUGUCGCCAGUAUCAUUUUUUCCGAGAUGUUAAUGUAAAGCUCUUUAAUAAUUGUUGCAGCAUCCAA